AUACAAACAGUGAUGGAAAACACAUGAGCAGUAACAAGUUUUAAUCUCGCUUCUCAGUACUAACAUGGGCUAAUCUGUGGAAGCAGCUUAUUCCAGUGUCACCCAGGGUGCAGCCACACCAGGCUCUGUAGAAGGGUGUUUUUCUUUUAAAUGUAAUACCUUCUCAUAUUUUCUUCUUAAAUAGUAGCUGAGGACAUUUACAUUAUAGAUUUGUAGUACAUGGUGGAAAAUUCUACUUUCAAGAGGACUUACUCUCUUCUUACAAGAUCGGUCCUCUACAUAGGAAGACAUGAAGGAGUAUGUGCUUCUAGUGUUCUUGACUUUGUGCUCUGCCAAACCAUUAUUUCACCCUUCGUACAUGACACUGAAGAAUUUGAUGCUGAAGGACAUGGAAGACGAAGGUGAUAGUGAUGCUGACAACUCUCUCUUUCCAACAAGAGAGCCAAUUAACCCCUUCUUCCCAUUUGAUCUGUUUUCAACAUGUCCAUUUGGAUGUCAAUGCUAUUCGAGAGUUGUACACUGUUCCGAUCUAGGUCUGUCCUCCGUCCCAAGCAACAUUCCAUUUGAUACUCGAAUGGUUGACCUUCAAAACAAUAAAAUUAAGGAAAUCAAAGAAAAUGACUUUAAAGGACUCAUCUCACUUUAUGCUUUGAUUCUGAACAACAAUAAGCUAACAAAGAUUCACCCAAAAGCCUUUCUAAGCACAAAGAAGUUGCGAAGGCUAUAUUUGUCCCACAAUCAACUAAGUGAAAUACCGCUUAAUCUUCCCAAAUCAUUAGCAGAACUCAGAAUUCAUGACAAUAAAGUUAAGAAAAUACAAAAGGAAACAUUCAAAGGAAUGAAUGCUUUACAUGUUCUAGAAAUGAGUGCAAACCCUCUGGAUAACAAUGGGAUUGAACCAGGGGCAUUUGAAGGGGUAACAGUGUUCCAUAUCAGAAUUGCAGAAGCAAAACUGACCUCCAUUCCAAAAGGAUUCGACGAACUCUUGGAAAGCAUUUUCUGUAUCCUGCUGGUUGUGGAAGCAUUUUCCCUGCAAAAAGCUGUCGAGAUGCUUGAAGAAUUGGUAGUCGAUUGACAAGAGGUCAGGUAAAUAUGGAAGAUGAGGCAAAACUUUGGAGCCCAGUUUGAUCAAUUUUGAAGUGAUGGUUGUGCAGCAUGCAGUUGGGCAUUGUCAUGGAGAAGAAUUUGGUCCAUUCUAUUGCCCAAGGCCAGCUGCAGGUGUUGCAGUUUCUAUGCAUCUCAUCAAUUUGCUGAGCAUACUUCUCAGAUAUAAUGGUUUUGCAGAAAACUACAGUGAAUCAGACUGGCAGCAGACCACCAAAUAGUGACCAUGACAUUUUUCUGGUGUAAGUUUGGAUUUGGGAAGAGCUUUGAAGCUUCUUCUCAGUUCAGCCACUGAGGUGGUUGUUGCUGGUUGUUACAUAAAAUCCAUUUUUCAUCACAUGUCAUGAUCUAAUCAAGAAACGACUCAUCGUUUUUGCACAGAAUAAGAGAAGUCAACACUUCAAAACAAUGAUUUUUUUGAUUUUCGGUCAGUUCAUGAGGCACCCACUUACUAAGCUUUUUCACAUUUCCAAUUUGCUUCAAAUGCCGAAUGAUCACAGAAUGGUCAAUGCUGAGUUCUUUGGCAACUUCUCUUUUAGUUUUAAGAGGAUCAGUUUCGAGGAUUGCUCUCAGUUGGUCUCUGUAACUUCUGAUGGCCAGCCACUACACUUUUCAUUUUCAAGGCUCUUGUCUUCUUUGCAAAACUUCUUGAACCACCACUGCACUUUACUUUUGUUAGCAGUUCCUCGGCCAAAUGAGUUGCUGAUGUUGUGAGUUGUCUACACUGCUUUAUAACCUACUUUGAACUCAAAUAAGAAAAUUGCUUGAAUUUGCUUUCUAACAUUAUUUCCAUACUAUAAAAUAAAUAUAAAAUAAACAAGUAAUGUCAUUAACAAAAAACCAUGAAGGAGUUUUAUGUUUUUUAUAUGUGAGUAUAGUCAUUCCUUAAAUAUGAGUAAGCUCAACUGAUCAGAAUUCAAGAAAUUAGGAUGCUCUCAGUUUAGAAUUAUUUUCCUGCUCUCUAAUUUAUUUAUUUUUAAAAAUAAAAGUACAUUAUAAAAUCAAUAUAAAUUCAGCCAUGAUUAAUAUUGCUGUUCAUAAGGAUUUGAAAAUUAUCUUUAACAGUCUUAAUACUAAUAAAGUAAGGAAAUGUUUUAGCAAGAAUUGAAAAAAAGAAUGCAUUUCCUAGCUAGGCAACAAGAAAUUCUGAUUGAAAACUAAUACAUUAUGUGUAGGAUUAAUGAAAUGAGGUCUGACUGAAUCACUGGUUAGUCUCUUUCAUUCCAGCUUCAGUUAAAUGGAGAAAGCUAGGGUCAGAACUGCAGGGAUCCAAACAUAUCAGAGGAAAAAAAUUCUUGUGUUUAUGCUGUUCAGUCUCUAAGUCUUGUCCGACUCUUUGCAACCCCUGGACUGCAGUACACCAGGCUUCCUUUGCCUUCACUAUCACCCAGAGU